GCUAAAAGGAAGUGGCCGUUGCCAGCUUUUGUUUCCAUUUCUUCAUAGACUAUAAUCUAUUUCUGCAGCCUUUAGUCUUUCGCGAUCUUCGUGUUUAGCAUCUUCUUUGAAUGAACAAAACCCUUCCUCCCUUUGAUAUUUAAACUAAUAGAGCUCUCACCACUUUUUUUUUUUUUUUUUUUUUUGCAAGAUUGAACAAAAAGAAACCCUUACAAAAAUUAUCCAAUUUUUUUGUACCGAUCAAUUUGAAAAAAAGAAAAAGAAAAGCCUUAGUCUGUGCGCUUCGCUCUUCUUUUACUGAUCUUGAACUAUUGCCUCUUCAGCUACCGAUCUUUUCUUGUACAAAUCUCGAUUAGUUGGUUUUCUCCUAGCCCAAAACAUCUAUUCACAGAAAGGUUCUUUAUGGCUUCAAGAACAGUCGCUAAAGAUAUCAUCACCCUUCGAGGUUCAGCGGCAAUUGCCAGCGAGUUCUUUGGGUAUGCUGCAAACAGGUAACAACAUUGGUAUUCUCUAUAAUCGGGGAGUUUAUCCGGAAGAAAGUUUUGUCAAGGUAAAAAAAUAUGGGCUUCCAAUGCUGCUUACUCAGGAUGAGGGUGUCAAAUCCUUUGUUGCCAACUUAACCGCUCAGCUUUCCGAAUGGCUGGAAGCUGGAAAGUUACAGAGGAUUGUUCUUGUAAUAAUGAGCAAGGCUACCAAUGAGGUCCUAGAAAGGUGGAACUUUAGCAUCGAGACGGACAGCGAGGUUGUUGUGAAGGGUGUCUCUAGGGAGAAGAGUGACAAGGAAAUCAUGAGAGAGAUUCAAGCUAUCAUGCGGCAGAUUGCUUCAAGCAUUACCUACUUGCCAUGCCUCGACGAACCAUGUGUGUUUGAUGUGUUGGCAUACACUGAUAAAGAUGUUGCAGUCCCAUUCACUUGGAUUGAGAGCGACCCCAAACUCAUAGCAAAUCCACAAAUGGUCAAAUUGCAUUCAUUUGAUACCAAGAUUCACAAGGUCGACACUCUUGUUUCGUACAAGAACGACGAAUGGGACGAGCAGUAGAGAUUCAUUCAUUCAACACAUGCUUAGUUGCCAAUUUGUUUGUUUGUGCUUUUUCUCCCCCCUUGUUGGCUUGAGUGGAUAUUGUGAAUCUUUUAUUCACAUUUUGUAUAAAAUGUCCAUUUAUUU